CUGGCAUGAGUAUUGUACUGUAAGUGGAUUAAAUGUGUGUUAGUGAGAAAGAAUGCAUAUGCUGUGCCUCCUUAGAUAUGUAGCAGGGAGAGGUAAUUCCUCGAAAGAUCCCUGCCAUCAAGCAUAACGUGCAAAUAUGAAAAUGUGAUGUGUGCAAAAAUGACACAUGUUUUACUUUCUCCACUGCUGAUGGCAGCCCGUUAGUGAGCCCCAAAUUCCAGACAAAGCUCUGGCAACCUUGGCAGGAACUCUGGAGCCCAACAACAUGAGGGAAAGGCCCUUGUCCUUGGCGCAGCUCCUGAGGGACUUCCGGCUGCAGUGUCAGUCGCUGGCUGCCAAGAACAACGCUGGGUACCGUCUGGAAUUUAAGAGGCUGAGUGAGGUGGGCAGAGAGCUCAGCACCAGGGCUGGAGACCUUGACGCCAACAGGGGGAAGAACAGAUAUCCGGACAUCCUGCCGUAUGACCACUGUCGAGUGACGCUCUCCCCCCAAGACUCCGAGCUGCACUCUGACUACAUUAAUGCCAGCUAUGUCCCUGGCGGCGUGUCGGAACGGGACUUCAUCUGCACCCAAGGUCCUUUGAGGAGCACGCUGGCUGACUUCUGGCGUAUGGUGUGGGAGAAGAAUGUGCACGUAAUCGUCAUGGUGACCAACUGCAAGGAGAACAACAAAGUGCUGUGUGAGCAGUACUGGCCGCAGGAGCACACAUCCGUGUGCUACAACAGAUACCAGGUGACCACAGUGCACCAGCGGCGUGGUCCAGGCUGCCUCAUUACCACCAUGCACCUGCGUCAGAUGGACAGCCCCACGGAGAGGCGGGUAACGCACUACCACUACCAAGGCUGGCCGGACCGAGGCGUCCCCCGGGACCUCGCCUCCUUCUGCUCCUUCGCUGAUCACGUGCGGCAGCAGCUGGACGGCGCCCCGUGUGUCGGUCCUGCCGUCGUCCACUGCAGUGCCGGCGUGGGCCGGUCCGGCACUUUUGUGGCAAUCCUCCGGUUGAUGCAGAUGUGCGCUCGUAGCACCCAACCCGACGUCAGAAGGGUGGUGUAUGACCUGCGCAGGCACCGCAUGAUGAUGGUGCAAACUCUGGAACAAUACAUAUUUAUCCACUCCUGCCUACUGCACUGGAUGGCUGAAGAGAAGAGCAGAUACAGGUCAAGGUCUGUGGAAAGCACCCGGAGGACUGAUACAGAGAGACACCCCCGACAGCCCACACCACAACCACCACCUCCAUGGAGCUGGAGCAGGAGUGGGGACAGGCAGAGGCAGGAGCACCUGCUGCAGCACGGGCCCCCGGCAACUCUGGUCUCAGCAGGUAUACAGAGACUGCUUUCCACAAAUCUCCUGCAGAGGGUCCGGUUGGGGUCUACACAGACCCCCAGCUUACCUGGACUGCGAUGGGACGGAAUGUUUCCCCCACAUACAAACGGGGAUUGGGGGUGGGCAAGACGAUACAACUUCUAAGGAUGAGCAUCCAUCCAUUCAACAAUACCACGCACCAGCAACGUUCAUCUUCCUGAAAAUGUCACGAAAAGCGGUCCCAGGGUUUGAAAUAUUUUAUUAAAAAUCUGAAUAAACAGCUGUAAAUAUGGAUGUAGACCAGUUUGUCUGAGGUUGUAACUGUAGUCAAGGCAAAAACAAGACCUGGAAAGAAAACAUUAAACACCACUUUCAAAACACUCAAAAGUGAAUUUGAAAAGUAUGAAUCGCAGUUAAUCGUAACUGCGGACAAGGCAAAGACGAGUAUUGCUUUCGUUCUGACAAAGUCAUUAAGAAAGCUUAAGACACGAACCAUGACACGUUAAAGCAGCACAUGUAUCGGUUUCUCUCUACAUUUUAAUUUGCAAGCGCGAAACACGAUUUUUAUGUCAAAGAUCAUCAAUAUUAUUAUUUCCCCAAAUAUAGCCAAGUCCUUCGUAGGUUCUGAACCUCACUGUGUGCAAUGCUUACUAUUACAUAUGUAAAUAAACAGCUAAGACAGGGAAGGUACUAAACCAUGUGCAGUUCCUUAAUUAGUACAACACUGUAUUCCUACUAGGGAACAAAGGCUUUGUCUGGGCCCAGCAGUUAGCUGCUGCUCCGGUUCUUCCAGUUUCUCCGGUCUGGUAAGCAUUCCCACUCGACACGUAGCUUCAGGUCUCCAGGACUGACAUACAUGCCAAGACGAAGAUUAGGAAUCACAAAGCCAGCAUUCCCCGCUUCCCGGCCUACCGAAAAAAUGGUUGGUUCCUGUAGCGCCAGCCUAUCUCCACAUCUAACCAGCAAGUGGUCUUCAGUCAGCCAUUGAACCACCAUGCAGCUCUAAACCUCUCAUGCCAAAACACGGCCAACAUUACAACAGCAGCCAACUUUUAAGGAUGCUUUGAAACUUUAAGGAACCUUCAUUUCAGCUAUACAGUUACUAGGAAAAAAAAAGCUUAUCAAAAGGGUUUCAUUUAUCUG